GGAUUGGGCAAGGGGGGGAUGACGUCGACAGCUCAUCCACUCCCUCUCCCUUCCCCUCCUCGCGUUCAUCUUUUCUCUCUACCACAUACCCUACACGAAACACAGUACAAUGUCCUACAAUAAUGAAGCAGCGAGCAUCUCGCGUGCCACCUCCCUCUCCCGCGCGAGCAAGCACGGCUCCACCAUGUCCCGCUCCCAGUCUCUCAUCAAGAAGAACGUCGCACCCCAGGAUUUGCGCCCCUCAGAUAUCCUCAUCGAGCGCUUCGUAGCCUGGAAGGCCAUCGUUAAGCAGCUCAUCGCGUAUUUUGAAGGUGUCGCCGACAUACAGAACAACAUUGCCAAGGAGUACACCAAGCUCGGCGCGGUCAUCCAGGUGCCAUUUCGCUCGGGCAACCAAUUCUUGGGCGAGGGUGGAUUGCAGGACGUCUAUUAUACUAUUCGCGACAAGACGCGUGUCGUCGCCGACCAGCACGCCAACCUCGGCCGCACCAUCGACAGCUCCAUCGUGCAGCACCUCCAGAAGCUCCGUCUCGAGAUCAAGGCGCACCUCAAGAACAUCCAAAACGACACUGGUAAGCUUGCCACCUCCGUCGCCAAGGAACGCGAACUCUCGACAAAGAUGAUCUCCGACCUCGCAUCUAACAUCUCCCACUUCAAAAACACGCCACUCAAUCUGACCUCCAAGACCGACCCGUACGUGACCAACGUCGCCGUCACCCGGCAGCUCCAGAAGCAGGUGAACGAGGAGAACGCGCUGCAAAAAUCCAUCAUCAUCAUGCAGCAAAACUCGGCACACUUCGAAGAGGGCGUCGUGCGCGCGAUCCAGAGCGCAUGGCAGACGUUCGACGAGUGGCAGUCGCGCAUGUCCUCCUCGGUGCAGGACACGUGGACGCUCAUGGCGCAGACCAUGGCGUCCCUGCAGCCCGACCGCGAGUGGAUCUCCUUCUCCGCGCGCAGCGACCACCUGCUCGACCCCGAGACGCCGCUGCGCAACCCGGAGACGAUCAACUAUCCGAGCAAGGAGGAUCCGAGCGUUAUCGCGGUGCACACGGGCCAUCUCGAGCGCAAGAAGCGCUUCACGCGCACGUACAGGGAGGCGUAUUAUGUGCUUACGCCCGCCGGGUUUUUGCACGAGUACGCGAGCGCGGAUUCCAAGGCGUCGGGGCAUUAUGCGCCUGUGUUUUCGCUGUUCCUGCCUGCGUGCACGUUGGGGCCGCCGAGCACGACGAGCAGCAAGACGCACAAGUUCCAUAUCGAGGGGCGCAAAGACGGAACGGGCACGAUCAAGAGCGGGUCGUUCAAGCUCCCCAUGCAGGGCGGGCAGGUCGCGUGGAGCUUUAGGAGCCGGAGCAGGGAGGAUAUGAUGGAGUGGUGGAACGAUAUCAGAAUGUUGUGUGCGCGCUAUCUUGUUGCGAGCGAGAGCAUGGAUCGCGGUGGGCCUGUUGAAGCUGCUGUGCGCUCGGCGGGGUAUCUCAGUGACGAAGAAGACGAGGAGGAGGACGAAGAAGGGAGCAGUAUUGAGGAGGAUGAAGAUGCUGAGGAUGAGGAGGAUGAGCUGUACCAGGACGCGGUGGUCGAUGACGAGGAGCCGCCGAGCUAUUCGCACCCCGCCAAAGGCAGCGGGAUUGAACUUGGGCAUAACGGAUACCCGGUCGAGAAAGGCGACCACGCACACGAGGGUGCCAACGUUUCCCGCAGACCGAGUAAGCGCCAGCAAGAAAAGGCUCCCGAGGGCCGUCCACCGCAUACGGAGGAGACGGGGGAGAACCUCGAUGGUACCGACGACGACGCCGAUGCUCAGGGUGCCGCACCCACCGAACACGACACCGAGGGCCCGGGCACCAACGGUGCGACGACACGUGCACCGUCGACCAAGUCUGGGGCGCCCGGGCCAGCGCCGGUGGAGAGCAAGUUCACGGAGGAUCUCGAAUGAGGAGGUGUAGGUUUCUAUCGCGGAAUAAAAUGUGAGGAUGAAGGAGACAUUGACGAUUUUAUGAAGGACUGGAGAUUGGGAUCUACUAUUGGGGACUUGUAUAGAUACGUGGUGAACUUUUGUUUCUUUCUUGGCUGAUUGAUAUUUUGUUUUCUGGAUCUGUUGUAACGCACAUAGGUAUACGUGCAUGUGCACUUGUAAUGGACUAGUUCUUCUCUUCUCCGCACCGUUGACAUUAUGCAUGGUCUUGACGCACGCAGGAUCCACAUCUAGC